AUGGACCCUAUCGCGUGCUCGAGCGCAAGAUCGCUACCUCGUCGUUCCUCCCAUGAACACUCUCCUCUGAGCACCCUCCCCUCCCCAUCCUUUCUUCAGUUCGCCCCUCCCAAGCCUCUGCGCCUGUGGGCGCCAGUCUCCUCCACGCCGCUCUCCGCGGCCCUCCUGCUCUUCCAACACGGCUUCACUGCUCUCCGCCUCGUCUUUCUUCCCACUAACUCUCUGCGCGGAGCCUUCGCCCCUCCAAAGCCGCUGCGCCUGUGGGUGCCAGUCUCCUCAUCGCAGCUCUCCACGCCAGUGCUGCUCUUCCAACACGGCUUUGCUGCCAAAACACAUUUUUACUCGCAGCUGCUCUCGCGCAUUGCAUCGCAUGGCUUCAUUGUCGUGGCUCCCCAGGUAGCAACUUCAUGCAAUCGCCUACCCACCCUCUUCCUCCUCCUCUUCCUCCUCUUCUUCCUCCUCCUCAACCUCCUCUCACCCAUCUUCGUCAUUCUCCCCUUCUCCCUUUAA